CUUGAAAGGACUUACUUUUUUACUAGGAGAACAAAAUGGGCGUGCCCAGGGGGAGUGUGCGGCAACAGUUGAGAUGUUUCCUGGCAAUUGCCAGUGUGAUCGCGAUUAUUCAAGUGGGAUUCUGUGCGGCUAGACCAACUACAGCACCGAUGAAAUCUUCCUCUGACCUAACUACGGCUCGUAGACUCUCGAAAACGCCCCUUACGAUAACCACAGAGCCGAGGGAGGAGACACCCAGCCCGGGGGCUGUCCAGUCAGACAUGAUGCUGACAGCGGACCAGCUCUCUGAAAUACGCAACCUAGAAGCGGACAGAGCACGGGACGAAGAGCCAGCGGAGGCGCGCGGGAGACAGCGGAUGCGGAGGAAGGCAGUGCCCGAUGUGGCAAGGCUGUGGCCCGGCGGAAUUGUCCCAUAUGAAAUAUCCAGGUCUUCAAUGUCGGAUCGUAGUGUAAUCGAAGGGGCCAUUGCUCACUGGGAAGAGAAGACCUGCUUAGACUUUCGGCCGUUUAAUCGCAGACUGGCCCGCCGUCUGCGCCACAGCAGCAAGAUUGUCUUUUUCAAAGGAUCAGGAUGCUGGUCAAGCGUUGGAAGGUCUCACAAUGGAGCGCAGAGCAUUUCAAUCGGGGACGGAUGUGCUGUUCUGGGAUCGAUCGUGCACGAGAUUGGCCACGCUGUCGGUUUCUUCCACGAACAUUCGCGCCCGGACAGGGACGAUCACAUCCGCGUUCACACCGAGAACAUCCACCCGAGAUACCGCUACGACUUUAGGGAGCUCGACUGGGGCCGAGUGACAAGCAUGGACGUCCCGUAUGACACCAAAUCGAUCAUGCACUACGGAUCUCAUUAUCAAUCAAUGAAUGGUGAAGCCACCAUUACAACCAUCGAUCCCUUACAGCAGGCCAACCUGGGCAGGCGAGACGGUCUGAGCUUCGGCGAUGCCAAGCUAGCCAACAUCAUCUACCAAUGCAACGCUCACUGCGAUCUCCCAGCCAUGGAUUCCCGAUGUUUGAACGAGGGUUACAUCGGGCCAAGUUGUGAUUGCGUCUGCCCGGACGACUACUCGGGCUGGAACUGCUCGUUGUUCACACCGAAACAAUCAAGGUGCGUCGAGUUACUGACAGAGGAACAGGGACAGGUAUCCAGUCCAAACUUUCCGGCCGACUACGAGAAUGACAUGCACUGUAUCUGGUAUAUCAAGGGUACAGCCAAUUCGUCGAUCGAGAUGACCUUUCAUUCGUUCGCUAUGGAAGGCGGGGAGGGUUGUUCUUUUGACUACUUCCAGUAUCUUAACAGUGACAUGAGCCCUCUACGGCAGAGGCACUGCGGAUACAGGCCGCCGCCAACGACCGAAGUACUCCCCGUGGCGGAGAUCGUCGUCGAGUUUCAAUCCGACAGCGACAUUAACGCCAGUGGCUUCCAAUUUACUUAUCAGUUAGUGCCAAGUCACCACGAUGAGACGUUUUAAGUUCAAAUAAAAAAAAUCCUGGCUCUCACCUCUAUCAUAUAUAAAAUGAAAUAUAAUUGAUCUGAUUUUUUUUGAAAUUUGGGGGAUGUUAUAAAUACAUGUACAUAGCUUUAUUUUUAAGCUGCAUGGCAAAUGAACAUUUCGCAGAGAUGUGGCAAAUCAGAGAUCAAACGCUGGCCUUUUUUUCUGAACCAUUAAAACUUCAGUUAAGAGAAGU